UGGGCUGGUUCGCAUUGAAGUCCUUUGGCAAGAUGGGGCUGUCCAAGGUCAGCUUGGAGGAACCUGAUUCGGCAGGAUCCCUACGGGUAUGAGCUCUGGGAAGCGUUCUGCGUUAUUGUCGACAUGCUGCUUGCUGUUGUGUUCAAGUGAUUGAGUCGGGAAGCUUCGCGACAAUCGGCGCCAGCAAUCGCGACCCUGAGGCGGUGACAGGGAUAUCAGACUCGCUUGACGGGGCAUGUGGGGCUUCGACUUUCACCAGGGUUCGACGACCCUGAUGUCAUUGGCCAAACAAACAACAACAAUCAUGACAUCGAGCACAAGCUUCCCUCCCAUACUAGUCUUCGAUGCUGUCUCCGGAGAGUAUCGAGACCCGAGCGAUUCUGCUGGUACUACUGCCAAGGUAGAUGCGCCUACACGCACCGUGUUGGUCACUGGAGCCAGCGGUCUCCUCGGCCGCCAAGUGCAGCGCCAGUUCGCGAGAGCAGGAUGGAGAGCCGUUGGCACAGGCUUGAAUCGCAUCAACCCACCAGAUGUUGUGAAGCUCAACAUUCUCAACGUGAAGGACAUCAAUAGUGUACUAGACGAUGUGAAGCCCAAUGUCGUUGUCCAUUGCGCCGCAAAUCGCUUCCCAGACUCGUGUACCGCCAACCCAGCAGCUGCUCGCAACAUCAAUGUGCAAGCCAGCCGGGCAUUAGCUGAGGCCACCGUAGCUCGAGGCAUCUUCCUGAUCUAUAUCUCCACCGACUACGUCUUCCCAGGCCGUCCGGGCGAAGCGCCCUACAAAUCAACCUCAGACCCGGAUCCACCAAACGUGUAUGGCCGCACCAAGCUCGAAGGCGAGCGCGCCGUACUCGACGUAGCAACCCAAGCAAACGCCCGCAACAAAGCUGUCGUCAUCCGCGUUCCCGUCCUCUACGGCUCCUGCGACGAGCCCAAAGAGAGCGCCGUCAACGUCCUCAUGUCUCAGCUCUGGGCUGCGCAGAAGCUCUCAUCAUCAGAACCCAAGAUCCAAGUCGACGACUACGCGCUGCGCUUCCCUACCAACACGGAAGACGUUGGACGCGUGUGCCGCGAUGUAUCAGACUUCUACCCCAGCACAGAGAACGCAGGCAGGGUACUGCCGAAGAUCUUGCAGUUCUCAAGCGAGGAUCAGAUGACGAAAUGGCAGAUUGUGCAGACGUUUGCUGAGAUCACGGGACUGCCGCUCGAUAACCUUGCGCCGUCGAAGCCGGAAGACGAGCCUAGUGAUGGGACGACCCGGCCGUAUGAUUGUCAUCUAGACACCAGUGAGCUCAAAGAUCUAGGAAUUGAUGCGAGUACCGUUGGGUUCAGGGAGUGGUGGAGCAAGGAACUCGGUGUGUUCCAGCGAUAAGCAUCUCGACGGUUGCAGCAAUACCAUACCCCAGUUCUAACCCGCUUUUCGGAUGGUCCUAGUGGAUCUGGCAUUGCUCUGCCUCAGCCAUGGUCUUGCGGACAGGCUGGAAAGAACG